AUGGAUUCCAGCACGGAGAGCUCCCGGCUUGAGCCCACACCGGCUGCAGCCGUUGACGUGAAUGAAAAGUCGACCAAUCUUGCCACUGUCAGACCAAACAACACUGGACAAGACAGCCGUGCGCCCUCUCCAUCCCCAACGGAGCAAGAUCCGAUCAACUGGUCCCAGUAUACGCUCAGAAGGAGACCGUGGCGACGAAGGGUGACAGACUUUGCAAAAAUCAUGGAGGCCAGGUAUCGAGGCAGUGGACGCCCCGACGACCCUUACAUUGUCCAAUGGUUGGACAACGACCCUGAAAACCCAAUGAACUAUAACAUCUGGUUCAAGUGGUCGAUGACCUUUCUUCUUGCCUUUAUGACUCUGUGUGUGUCCUUGGCCUCAUCAGCAUACACCGGUGCUGCAGAGCUCAUCAUACCAGACUUUGAUUGCAGCGGGGAGGUCUUCCUUCUAGGCUUGAGUUUGAUGGUUAUGGGUUUCGCGAUAGGUCCUCUGGUAUGGGCACCGCUUUCAGAAGCCGUCGCCAGGCGAGAUAUCCUGCUGGUCGCGCUGGCUUUCUAUAUCAUAUGGACCGCGGUAUGUGCCACUGCACAGGACAUCACGACGCUGAUUGUUCUUCGCUUCCUCUGUGGCACAUUUGGCUCCGCCGCCUUUGUCAUCCCUUCAGGCCAGCUCUCCGACAUGUUCGAAGCUAGGCAGCGCGGCAUGGCACAGGCUGUGUUUUCGGCGGCGCCCUUCCUGGGCCCAACCAUAGGCCCUACUGUUGGAGGCUUCUUGAGCCCGGCUGCGGGAUGGCGAUGGCUCUUUGGCUUUCUGGCGCUGUACGCGGGAGUCCUGACCUUCUUGGGCCUGGCGUUUGUGCCCGAGACGUAUGCUCCGGUCUUACUGCGAAGAAGAGCACAGCUCCUGUCGAAAGUAACGGGCAAGACGUACAUGACCAGGAUCGACAUCGAGCAACCGCUGGUUUUCAAAGACGUGGUGAAGAGGUCGUUAAGUCGUCCUUGGGCACUCCUAUUCCGCGAGCCCAUCGUGCUGCUCCUCUCGAUCUAUAUGUCGGUGAUCUAUGGGACGCUUUAUCUCUGCUUCGCGGCAUUCCCUAUCGUCUUCCAACAAGGCUAUGGCUGGAACGCAGGGGAAGAAGGGCUCGCUUUUCUUGGAAUCAUGAUGGGCAAUCUCAUCGGGGUCGGCCUCAUCGUCAUCGAUAACAGGCGUUAUUCUCGCAUCCACGCAGCACACGGUGGCUUUGCGCCUGCAGAAGCUCGUCUUCCUCCCGUCAUCAUCGGCGGCGUUAUUGCCAUUGUCGGUCUCGCCUGGUUCGCUGCCACCGCCGACCCGAGCGUACAUUUCAUCGUGCCCAUUCUCGCGGGCGUUCCUUUCGGCACAGGCUUUAUCCUCAUCUUCAUGUGCUGUUCGAAUUAUCUCGUCGACACCUACGUGAUCUACUCGGCCUCAGUCCUCGCCGGAAACUCCAUCCUUCGCUCCACGUUCGGUGCCGUCUUCCCGCUCUUCACGACAUACAUGUACAACAAUCUCGGCGUGCAUUGGGCCUCGGCGGUGCCCGGAUUCAUCGCCCUCGCGUGUUUCCCGUUCCCCAUCUUCUUCUACAAGUACGGCGCCAGGAUCAGGAGGAGGUGCAAGUAUUCGGCCGAGGCGGCGAGGUUCUUGGACAGUUUGAAGAGCGACCUCGAGAGGCAGAGGAGUAGGGCUUCCAAGGCAGAGGAGGCCGGGGUGGCAGAGGCCGGGAGAGCCGCCGGAGAGGAACAGGUAAGGGAGGGCAGUAUUGCUGUCACUGCUGCUUGA